CAACGAUCAAGCCCCUCCUGCGAGCUUGCCGUCGACCGAGACUGACCCCGCUGUUCCUGCAUUUGUGAAAGACCCCACCAGCGACUAGGACCUCAUCUGCUUUCCCCCUGGCCAUCUCUGUUUGCUCUUCCUCCCCCCCUUCCUUCUGCUGCCCUAAUCCCCCCGGCUCCCACCGCUGCGCCGACUCCCUUUCGUCCAUUCAGCCACCUAUUUUUUUAAUCUGGCCAUUGCAUCUCAUAUCGCCACUUCAAAAUCUAUCACAAAUCUCGAAUAGCCAUGUCCAUCGAAUCUCUUCUUGACGGCUACCCAGCCAUCUUCCUCAGUGGACUUCCGUUCACUAUCACUGAGAUGGAUUUGGUGAGGGUCCUCAACGACAUGAGGCUCGAAACCAAGGUCCUCAUGGAGCGCGACCCUGUGACGUCUGCUCCUCUCGGCCGACACAAGCUCAUCUUCCGCCACCUGAUCGAAGCCGAAAAGUUUUACGCCACGGUCAACCAGUCCAUGUUCCUGGGCUCCAAGGUCUCAUGCCUCUUCAAGGACCCCAACAUGAACUUUAGCACCACAUCUGGAUCCAAGACGAUCGUGUUCAAGCACAUUCCUUUGGGCACCACAUCGCUGGAUCUGUUCGACGUCGUUCGCGAAUUCGGCCGCAUCAUGGUCUGCAAGGUCAUGCUGGAUCGCUCCGGCACCGAGUCCUAUGCGCUCGUGCAGUUUGAGAACCAGGACCACGCCGACCAGUGCCUGAGAGAGCUGAACGGCUCCACCUUCCGCGGCUGUCCCAUCUCGCUUUCUUGGCAGUUCCCAAAGAACUCGCCGUACCAAUACCCCACCCGCCAGAACUCCACGUCCUCCAGCAACAACCGUCUUUCGUGGAAGCCCGAUGCCUCUCCUCCCGGCGACCAGGCCAGCCGGCGCGACAGCUGGCAGUCCAGCCGCGGGCCCGCCUCCCCCACCAUGAGCUGGAACACUCCCAUGUCGCCCACCAGCGCUCCCGUGGGAUGGAACAGCCCGCCUCCUACUCCCACCGUCGCUGCUGGCUGGAGCAGUCCUCCGCCUCCCGUGAGCGGCACCGCUGCAAAUGGCCAGUGGAACUCCCCCACUCCCUCUUGGGGCUCGCCCUCUCAGACCGGCUGGCACCAGCCAGGCAGCCUCAACGCCCAGCACUCCGUCGACCCGCACGCCCCUGCCUUUGUUCCUACGCAGAAGCAGUCCUCCGGCAACAGCACCACCACCAACACCACUCCGCACGCCUGGGAAACCAGCAGCAACGCCUCGAACGAUGCCGCCAGCAACGACUCCUCCCUUGAUGGCAAGAAUCUGUACAUCAAGAACCUCGACGAGCAAGUCGACAACCUGGAGCUCUUCAAUCUCUUCCGCAAGUACGGCCGUAUCGUCUCGGCGCGUGUCAUGAAGGACGAGUCCUCGGGCCAGUCCAAGGGCUUUGGCUUUGUCUCUUUCGAAGCCGAGGAGCAGGCCACAAGGGCUCUGCGCGAGCUGAACGGCAAGAAAGUCGGCGCCAAGUCUCUGGUCGUCAACAUUGCCGAGCCCAAGAGCUAUCGCGAGAAAAAACUGGCGGCCUACCACGCCUCCAAGACGACCGCUACCACCACCGCUUCCAAGCCGCUCACCCCGACCUCGCCCAAGCCGGUGUUUGUUCCUCUUCCGUUCUCACCCGUCACCAUCUCGGCACCCCGUUCCACCUCGGUUUCGGGCUCCGAGCCUGCUGAGCACCCUGCUGCUGCUGCCGCCGAGCUCGCUGCUGGCGACAAGUGAUCAGCAAAGGAACGAAGAGCGCGCUGAAGUUUGAGUUCGCCCCCUCUGUCCGUCUUUUUGAUAUAUAUUUGAUUUCGCAGGAAGGAGGAGAGAAAAAAAAGUCAAUGUCCCAUGCUCUGAAGAAGUGAAAAGAAAAGCAACCAAAAAAAGGCAACUCCCUGUUCUCUGACAAAGAGAAGAAAAAAAAAUAUUCCCUUUGCGCUUCAUGUGCAAUUCGAUCAAGGUCGUUUGCAACUCGCCACAGCCACCGACGACCUGCGUUCGUCCUGACUCGUACCCGUCGACGCCCAAGGCCGUCAGCCUCAAGCGCUGUCACGGUCCCUUUCCGCCGUCUGACGUAUUCAUUGUUUUGCAUGCCAUCGCUGAACUGCCCUGACACGCACAUUCAAUACAAUUCUUACGACCACAUCA